UUAUAAAAUGCACUUCUUGCGGGUUUUUCUAGUUUUGAGUUAUUUAUUAUCGAAGUAGGUGCUGUGUAAAUCGGCUGUGUCUUUAAACGUGCUAAAAGUAGGAUUUUUUCAUCCCAGGGGCCGAGAGUGUACUUUCCUGUAACAGAUGUUGUCAGACCUGUUGAGAUCUUCCAGCAAUUUCUGGAUACGUGGGAAAUAGGUUAGUCGUGGCAGAGAGCCCAGUCAACCACAAUUGUGGAAGUGGUGGUUGGAAUUUGGGAAAGGAAGGACAUAUUGGAUAUGAUGGAGAAACUGGAAGAAUGGAAUGGAUUCCCUACAGAAAGCUAUGUGAUUGGUGUCCUAUCAAGUGCACCUCCAGAUUCUCCCAUGUUUCAGAGCAGUUUGACCCAAUUGCUAUGGACUGGAGACAAAAGCUCUCUCUACUUAUCCUCACCAUUGCCACAAAAGCAAUAAUAGCAAUACGAGUAGAAUAUCACACGAUGAUUCAUAAUGGAAAUGAAUGUGGAAUUGAUAUUAAUAAAAGCAACUGUACAGGUGGAUUUCAGGAAGAACAUGAAUUGACCCUGGAUGAUAGACCCAUUGCUAUUUGGGAAAAAGGCAAGCCUUUAAAUUGUACUGACCUGUGCAUAAAACAACAAAAUGGUGUCAUAUGGCUCAACUGCACCCCAAUGACCAGUAAGAUAGUAAAAUACUCAACCAUGUGCACAAAAGAUAAUCAGCUGGAUGAGUCAAUCCUUUAUUUCAGAGACAAUCAAGAGCGGUUAUCUCCUUUUCUAAACCCGACAAUGGUUGCUCCAACAGGCCCCCAAGCAAACAAGAAUAAGCAUAUAGGUUGUUUCGUAUCUGUGAUUAUACUUGCUGUUGGCGUCGCCAUCAUUGUUGCUGCCGUCAUCGGAAAGAGGAAGAAAUCGCCUGCAACAAACUUCUGUGUUUGAAGGCAACAAAACUGUACUUAGAUAAUUUGUACAAACUGGUUUGGUUAUCCAGUAUUAUAUACCUUGACUGUCUCAAACUGGAGAAAUUUUUAUGGUUUGGCUCAAGUUGUGAUUUUCUGAACUACGCACGUUCAAGAUUUUGCUCAAACUCAUUUGUUUCUUCCAUGAAUGAACAUUAUUGGGUAGCAUAAAAGAAUGCAAUUAUUUAUUUUUCCUUGCAUUAGGUCUUAUUUGUGCAUUUAGGAGCAAUAACUCUGAAACAUCAAUGAAGCAAGUGAAACUGAGUUUGCUGCAUAACAGAAGGGCUUACUUAAUACAUUCUGUGCAGAGCCUGACCUUAAACCACUGAUGUUUUUUGCUUUUGGGCAUUUGUAAGUUAAAUGUUUAUUUAGUGGUUUUAAUAGAACUGGUUAGGCAAGAGAAAACCUGAAGUUGGAAAGUUUUCUCAAAUGAGUUCAAUCACAAACCAGCCAUGCUCACUACUACAAAUUGAGCCAGAGCCAAUUUUUUUUAAAUGGAGCUGACUUUGAGUGCAGUUUUUAAAAUUUAUAAAAGAUUGUGGAAUCUUGAGUAGUGUUGAACAUAGUUUGAGCUUAAAGCUCUUUUUUUAGGAUGCCUAGUUUCAAACAUAACAUAAACACAGACUCUAGGCUUAACAUUUUAAUAAAGAUGGUAAAAAUAUUUGUAUUUAUAAGUUAUGUUUGAGAUAUUUAAAUGGUGUAGCAUGUUACAAUCACUUUAGAAUAAAUUGAGUAUUUUCUAACAUUUCUUUUUUUCUCAAAACAUUUGAUUCUAAUAAUCUUUAAUACUUCAGACUGUCCCAAAGUAGAUAUCUAAUCACUUCCUUGUACAAGUUCUGAAGAAGGAUAACACCCAAAACAUUGACUACUCCUUUCCUGCAGAUGCUGCCUGGCUUGCUGUAUUCUUCCUGUAUUUACAGUUUAUUUUUGUUUCAAUCCACACUUUUACUUCCUUCUUUCUGUGCUCCUGGAUAACCUAAUGCUAAAUUAACUUAACUGCUGUUUUAUUGAUUUAGUAGAUUUUUAUGGAUUAUCCAUUUCAUUAUUGUAAUAUUUUAAGAUACUGUAAUGUGAAGAUUGAACUGCAGAACAUGAUGGUUAGGUUUGCUGAUCAUCUGACCAUUUCUGCUGUUGGGCUUUCAUGUAUCUAUGAUAAGCUGCACAUAGCCCACGUUGCGAAGAGGAAGUUCUGCAGAUAGGGGAUCACUUUUUCAAUGUAGUCCAUUACAAACCUAUUGCAUGCUCCUGAAAGAAUAGUUAACAUCACAUUCCAACAUAUCGACACAUGAGUUGUUUAUCAAUUGUUAUGGAAGGGGAAUGGCUGCGAUGCUUUGAUAAGUAAACCAAAACACAAGCCCUAAUCUGUUUUGACGGGAGUAGAGGUUCCUUUCUAAUAAUUACCCCAAAACACCUGAAGAAGCUCACCCUUCCCCUUGCAACCUGUUAAGAGCGGUUAAAAGGAAAAUCCCUGAUUCCCUUCAUAAAUAACAAGAAGCAAUUUAUUUAUUUAACCUUAGCAAUGAAUAAAUUAACAAUUACUAACAAACUGAACAAGUCCCACCAAAGUACUAACUACAGGCUAGCUGAUCUAAAUGCUACUAGAAUGCUGCUCAAAUAAACAUAAGUCCCACUUAUAUAAACCCAAUUGAUAAGACAACAAUAAAUUAAAACUUAGCCUGUGUGAAUUUGGAGAGAUUGCAUCUUCUGGAAGGCUCUGCCUUCUCUGUUACUCUCCGAAUGCCUUUCUUCCACUGAUUCUGCCUUCUUGGAUAUUUCUUUCUAACUUCUUCAGUGAAGGCUGAGUUAAAGUGCCUUGGUAACUUUUUUGAAUAGAUGGUGCUUUCUUAAAGCCUAGUGAUUUCUUGUGAGAGCUCAGGGGUCAUUUCUCAGAUGGCAGGCUUGGUAUCUCCUCUGGCAGUUUACUUUCCCCCAAUCUUCAUAAAGACCUUUCUUUUAUAAUCUCCUGCGACAAAUUAAAUUCUUAUGAUUUGGUUUCAGGUUGUCAACCCCAUCAGUUUUUAAAUUCAAUUGGCUUUGAAUUACUGAGUGCUUGGUUUAAGUUAAUUGGCAAAACAAGUCUGCUGUUUUGCCUGCCACCUGUAAGGCCUUUUAAUACGCUUGUUCAAUUUUGAGGCUCUCUGUACAGUGCUUGGGAAUUUGCAAGCACAGACAAAGCACAAUCUGUUAAAGGGACCACGCACUGUUUUUCAAUUCAUGAGUAUCUAGCACAACUUUGUGCCGCUAUGCCUGAUUAAUGUGAAAUUGUGUUUCGCAAGACUAUGUCUUUAAAACUCUUGUGUAAGAAUAAUGGUAAAAAUGAAAUGGACAGCUUUGUAUUUGUUUGCAGAAUGGGAGAUAAGAUGAAUGUGAAAUUGCAGAAAUUCAGUUAUUAAUGUGUCACUAAGUGCCAUU